CAGGGUCUGCCUCUGGUCUCUAAGAUGUCUGGCAAACUUCUCCUGAUAUACCUGGCCAUCUACCCGGCCCUCCAAAUCAGCAGUGACAGCGCGGAGGAGUACGACUAUGAUUACCUUGGUGUCAACAAGACCUGGGUCUUGACUCCUAGGGCACAAGAGACUGAUGCCACCCAGAUCUUGAAUACUCUUCUGAAGGACUAUGACAGCAAGCUGAGGCCUGACAUUGGAAUCAAGCCUACCAACAUCGACGUUGAUAUCUACGUGAACAGCAUUGGGCCUGUUUCUGUCAUCCAGAUGGAAUACACGAUUGACAUUUUCUUUGCCCAGAGCUGGUAUGACCGCCGCCUCCGCUUCAACAGCACCCUGAAAGCCCUAACUCUAAACAGUAACAUGGUAAGCCGCAUCUGGAUCCCCGACACUUUUUUCCGGAACUCUAAGAGGGCUGACUCACACUGGAUCACUACCCCCAAUCAGCUGCUGCGCAUCUGGAAUGACGGGAAGGUUCUCUACACCCUUAGGCUGACCAUAGAGGCUGAAUGUCUCCUCCAACUCCAGAACUUCCCAAUGGACACUCACUCCUGCCCUCUCAUCUUCUCUAGCUAUGGUUAUCCAGCCGAAGAGAUCGUUUACCGUUGGAGGCGCUACUCCAUUGAAGUAUCUGACCAGCGCUCCUGGAGGCUCUACCAGUUUGACUUUACGGGACUGCGGAACACAUCCGAAGUCCUUCGGACUGGUGCUGGUAAGGCCAUUUUGUAG